UUGCCGUUUGCGCAUGCGCGCUUUCUUCUUCGUUCAAGGAAGCACCUGCGAGGGCUCUAAUGGUUUUUGUUUUUCAGCAUAACCGGGCGACCGCAAAGAAUGGCAUCAACAGUCAGCAUACUCUGCUCUGCAUUGGUUGCAAUGUUAUCGGCAUCCUUGGCGGUGCUUUUCUUUCCUCGUCAGUGGUCGUUAUAUUCAGGAAGUAAAUCAACACAGGAGCUACCCAGGCGACUCCUAAACAGCCAGGAAUUGUCUUUGUACGACGGCGAAGUAGGCAGCAAGGGUAUUUACCUGGCGAUAUUAGGCCAGGUGUUUGACGUACACAAUGGCAUCAAACAUUACGGGCCUGGUGGUGCAUAUCACUUUAUGGCAGGUAAAGAUGCAUCACUGGCCUUCAUAACAGGAGAUUUCACAGAAAGCGGCUUGACAGAUGAUGUGUCCAGUUUGUCUCCAUUGCAGGUGGUAGCCCUGUUUGACUGGUUGCUCUUUUAUCAGAGGACCUAUCAAACUGUAGGUUUGGUCAUAGGACGAUUCUAUUCCAAAAGUGGAACGCCCACAAAGUUUCUAUUGCACGUUGAGUCAUUACUUGCAAAGGGCCAGCAACUCAAAGCCAAGACAGAGGGGGAGAUGCUUCGAUUUCCUGCCUGUAAUUCUGAGUGGAGCUCUGCGAGGGGAGGGAGGGUCUGGUGCUCCACCAAAAGUGGUGGUGUUGAAAGAAGUUGGACAGGUGUUCCUCGAAAACUAUUCCAUGCAGGUGCUAGUGGAUCCCGUUGUGUCUGUGUCGAAGAUCCAUCUGCAGCCAAGGAAAACCCUAACCUGCAGGAAUAUGAUGGCUGCUCGACGCAUGCGGUCUCUUGCUCUUUAGUUGAAUAGUUUAAAAAGAUGGACAGUGACAUGGAUAGUGGCACAUAACUGGGUUACUUUGCAUAAAUAAACAAGGGGGGGAAAGAAAUUG